AUGGCAAUGGACUCGUUUAGUUUUUUCAAAUUCUUCUUCCUGUUUGUGUUUUGGUGGUUGUUUGGUUUGUCCCAUGCACAAUUGUCCUCCAAUUUUUAUGCCUCAACAUGCCCAAAUGCCCUGUCUACCAUUAGAAAUGCAGUGGCAGAUGCAGUUAAGAAAGAGCAUCGCAUGGGGGCUUCUCUUCUUCGUCUCCAUUUCCAUGACUGUUUUGUUAAUGGAUGUGAUGCAUCUGUCUUAUUGGAUGACACUUCAAACUUCACUGGGGAGAAGGAAGCUGGCCCAAAUGCUGAUUCUUUGCGCGGUUUUGAUGUCAUCGACACCAUUAAAUCUCAGCUGGAGUCUCUCUGUCCUGGAGUUGUUUCCUGUGCGGAUAUUCUAGCUGUUUCUGCCCGAGACUCCGUCGUUACUUUAGGCGGACCUUCAUGGACAGUGCAGUUGGGUAGAAGAGACUCAACAACAGCUAGUUUUAGCGCUGCAAACACUGAUAUGCCAUCGCCAAUUAUGGAGCUUAGCGAACUUGUGGCCGCCUUCUCAAACAAAGGAUUCAACACUAAUGAAAUGGUAGCUCUAUCAGGAUCACAUACAAUUGGUCAAGCUAGGUGUUUACUUUUCCGAACCCGUCUGUACAAUGAGAGCAACAUUGACUCUACCUACGCAACAUCACUAAAGGCAAACUGCCCAAGCACAGGAAGUGAUGACAAACUGUCUCCCCUAGACACAAGUACUCCUGUUGCCUUUGACAAUGCUUACUUCGGAAAUCUGGUAAAUAAGAAAGGUUUGUUCCAUUCAGACCAGCAGCUCUUUAAUGGAGGUUCUACAGACUCUCAGGUCACCACCUAUAGCAACAAUGCUCGUGCUUUCUAUGUAGACUUCGGCAAUGCCAUGGUGAAAAUGGGAAAUCUUAGUCCACUAAUGGGAACCAAUGGCCAGAUUCGCACCAAUUGUCGGAAAGUAAAUUAAAGAGCAAAAGAUUAUACGCUAGAAAGUUUCCGCAAUAAGAACAAAUGAUAUGAUUUCUAAGAAGCAAAAAUAAAAAUGUAGAGGAUUGUGCUAUGAGUUCUUUAUUUCCAUUGAUACCAAAGUCAUGAUAGUACAUGUCUUUCACGUUUCAGCACGUGAUGUAAUCCUACUAUACUAACAAAUUGAAGAUGGUAAUGUUGGAGUAUUAACGAAACACUUCUUUGUGUCUAAUAAGAAUCAAACUUCCACUUGAAGUAGUUUGAAUGAUAAUUCGUAACAUAGUUUCUAGUUCCUA